AAUAUAAGGAGAGUAAAAAGGAAGGAAGAAAGGAGUGAUGGAAUGGAUGAUGGUAGGAAGGGGAAGAGAAAAGGGAAGGAAAUAAGAAAGGAAGGAACCGAGGGAGGAACGAAGAAAGGGAGCGAACUAACUAAUUUUCACGUUGUCGCUUCUGCUCCGUGUGCGUCUGAGGCUGCUGCGCCGCGCGAGGGUGGUUAGUAAACAGAGUCUCGCUCAGGCUGGUGUUCACCCUCAUCACACGCGACCACAUUCUUCAACACGGUGAGAUUUAACGUUACCGGGCAGUCCGUCCCGCGCCAGAAACGCAGCGCUUUCCCCCAAACAAACAACAGACAAGCACCCAGCGGGGCAUCACAGGCACCGAGACCGCCGAAGGUGGAGGCGAAAGACGCGUGCAGCACCUACCGUACAUACCAAACGAGGACCAUGGAGAGCGCAAGCAACAGCUCGGACGCGAUUCACCGGAGCCAGAUCCCCAUGCUUUACAACAGCAGCUUCUGUGGGAACUUGACUGGCGACAACAACACCGGGACCUUCGCGGAGGCGCGAUGCGACGGGGACCGCAGCCAGGGCGACGACACCAACCCGGUUAUCAUUGCGAUUGUUAUCACCGCUCUCUACUCCAUAGUGUGCGUGGUGGGGCUAGUUGGAAACGUGCUGGUCAUGUAUAUCAUCGUCAGAUACACUAAAAUGAAAACCGCCACCAACAUCUACAUCUUCAACCUCGCUCUGGCCGACGCCUUGGUCACCAGCACGCUACCAUUCCAGAGCGUCAACUACCUGAUGGGGACCUGGCCGUUUGGAGACAUUCUGUGCAAGAUAGUGAUGUCCAUCGACUACUACAACAUGUUCACUUCUAUCUUCACGCUCACCACCAUGAGCAUUGACCGCUACGUCGCUGUGUGCCACCCAGUCAAAGCGCUAGACUUCAGGACACCGCGUAACGCCAAGAUUGUCAACGUCUGCAACUGGAUCCUGUCCUCGGCCAUCGGGCUGCCUGUAAUGUUCUUGGCCUCCACUGCCGUCACUACCUCCAGCGAUGUUGACUGCAAGAUGAUAUUCCCCCAUCCCUCGUGGUAUUGGGACACUCUGCUGAAGAUCUGCGUGUUCAUCUUUGCCUUCAUCAUGCCCGUCCUCAUCAUCACCGUCUGCUACGGCCUCAUGAUCCUCCGGCUGAAGAGUGUGCGCAUGCUGUCGGGCUCCAAGGAGAAGGACAGGAACCUGCGUCGGAUUACCCGCAUGGUCCUGGUGGUGGUCGCUGUCUUCAUUGUAUGCUGGACGCCUAUCCACAUCUUCAUCAUCAUCACAGCUCUGAUCAAUAUCCCCAACUCCACGCUGCAGAGUAUCACCUGGCACUUCUGCAUCGCCCUGGGCUACACCAACAGUAGUCUGAACCCAGUUCUUUACGGCUACCUGGAUGAGAACUUCAAGCGUUGUUUCCGUGAGUUCUGCACCCCAAGUCCCUCGGUGUUGGAGAUGCAGAACUCGUCCCGGACUGGAUUAACUAGCCGCAAGCUCCCACAGCGCGAACACAACAGUGCCAACACUGGAGAAAGGUCCAAUCAACAGGUAUGACUAGCCUUGGAGGGGUCGUCGGUGGACUCUCACUGUUGUGGCGGCGUUGCCAACGACGAUCUCAACUCAGAGGUCACGCAGGUCACCACAGGGCUCUGACCACACAAACACAUAUGACACGUACAUACAAACAAGGACAUGACAGAGACUCGAUAGCACGGACCCUUUUCGGCGAUGCGUUCUAAGCUUCACUGCAGCGCUGCAUCAGGUCAGACCAUUUACCUGCCGAGCAGCCUAACUCUUACUGCAUGGCUGUGCAAGGCUAUUUCUCUGUUAUCAUUACAGUACUCCCCCUUACUCACGAAGCUGUUGCACUAAAUCAUGCAUCAACGCUAUUGCAACCUUUAAUUCUCAUUAUUAUUAUUAUUACUGACAGCGUAAACAAAGACCAGAUCUAUAAAAGUCACUCCCACGAGAAGCGUGUGGGAUGUUCUUUUGUUCUGUAUGGUCCAGACAAAGCUGCCUCAUUGAUCUAAUUCAUCUAGGUUGUAAAAAAAAGAAUCAACUAAUUAUCUUGUUUGCGGAAUCGCAAAUGACUUCCCUCCAAUCUCUCACGUUGUUUUCUCUUUGAAUUGUUUGCACGUGUGAGAGGACAGGGUGAGAUGUCAGGAAAUGUGGAUUCAUGGAGGUCACUGGACGGUAAAAGAUCUUAUCUGAUUUUGGACUUGUGCUACCGAAUGCUCUGUGGCUCUCUCGCCACAUGAACACGUCACCAGACAGGAGGUGUUGUGGGAAAUGGACUGCAUUUAUAUAGCGCUUUUCCAAUCUUUGGGACCAGAGUCAGAGGCUACCAUACAAGGUGCCACCUGCUCCUCUGUAGUGAUAAACAUUCACACACACCAUUGGCCGUGUCAUCGGGCAGUAAUUUGGGGUUCAGUGUUAUGCCCAAAGACACUUGUUGGCCCGCAGGGGCCGGGGAUCGAACCGCCGUCCGACUGGUGGACGACCGCUCUACUUCCUGAGCCACAGCCGCCACGUUAUUCAACUGUGCUUUUCAUCCAUUCUGUAUGGAUUCCACCCACCUAACCCUUUGCUGUAGUUAAUGCCCAGUCUUAUAUUGCCUGACUUAUCAUUAGGUAGACAUACAGUACAGCUCUCUCUGCUGAACUAGACACACUUCUGAAUGUACAGAAGGAAACGCUGCUGUCUUCUGGAUCCUUGUGCUGAACUGUGGAUGCUCUAAGCCAGCAAAGACGAUGCAUCUGCCUGUUUGCACAGCCCACGGAGCGUGCAUAUAGUUCGAACAUAUGGUACUGCCAGUGUAUGAUUAACUACAGCCAUUACACCAGGUAUGGGUUGUAAUGGAGUCACCUCUCAUCUGAACAAGUAAACUAGUGAGCCAAGCAGGAUUGUACAUCUGUUGUAAUCUUUAGCAUUGCUUGUGCUUACGUGUUGUGCUGUAUGCUAUACUUGCCUGUUGCCUGGACAGUAGCUUUACUCGUUUUUCUGUGUACCAGUAUUUUUUAACGAUCUGUAAAGAUGAACAUGAUUGUAUUAAAGUAAUCUCCCAUGUAAAAAAAAAAACUAAGUAUUCUGUAGCUUUUUUAUAAAUAUGAUAUCAUGAGAUUAUGAGAGUUAUUGUGCUUCUAAAUAUAACUUUUGUCAUAUUGAAUCUGCCUUGUUAACUGAAGAGAUGUAUGUCCAUCAGAAAAACAAUGUGUGUAAAACUUGUUAAAUUUGAAAAUGUAUGAAGAGUUUUACUUUAUAGACGGUAUACAAGAGGACGUCUCGCUGUACAUACAGGUAGUUAUAUUUGGUAUCGCUGCUUUCAGUGAAUUUCGAAGAAUUUCGUAGACUGUUAUUAUUUUUAGUCUCUCAGGCCACCAGCUGUCACGACAGAAAACAUGUGGUCAAAUUGUUAAAGAUUGACAUUUUUUACAAAAACAGCAGCUGAGUUUGGGCCGUCGAGUGUCUCCUGCUGUAUUUCCAGAGUUUGUUGUGCGACAAAAUGUAAAAAAAAAGAUUUUUCUUUUAUUUCAUGGAUCAGUGAGCAUGCAGCAGACACAUUAAACAAGUGAAGAGAGAGUGUUUUCAUCUCACAGAGCUAACAUUAGCAUAAUUAGCUAGCUAACUACAGCAGAUAAGUGAAAUGUAAAAACAACAUUACGCCUACAUCUGUUUGAAAUCGAGCACGAGCUUGACAGGUGUAGCAACAGUAACUAAUCAUGAGCAAAUUGCUAUUUAUUCAUCAUGAGAUGAAGAAAAUGAACAUACGUGUUCUGGAACAAAAACACAUUUGGCAUUAAGACACAUUUUGCAACACAGAAUAAACUCUUAAAAGGUCCAUUUAAAUCAAAUGUAUCUGAUGCUGUCCAUGAUCUGUACACACUCCACCAUUAAACUCUUUUCUUUAAUCAUUUGCUUGACUUGUAUUCUAGUCUUGAAAUGCCAUUUCUUGUAAUCUAAUGUACAGAUGAUAAUAUCUUCAUGGACAUGUAAAACAAUACAUAUGAUUUUACUGUUGAUCAGUGCAUUGUCUAUGGAAUAAAUGUAAUUCUGAAUCUCACUGAAUGCCUUUUUUCUUGCAUCUGAAUAAAGUAUCAUCUGCA